UUUGCCUCUGCCAACAACACCACCGUCGCCCUCGACUAUCGACAACACCGUCGACUCGCCAUACACAUACCUACGCUACCCCCCGAGUCGUCACCGAAGAAGCCCGACAUGUCAAAGUCCAAAAAGGCGGCGGCCAAACGCAAGCAGAAUGUCGAAUCGACCGAGUCGUCGGCCAAGCGAUCCAAGACGGCCGCCGGCGCUCUGCCCUCCCCUCCAGCCGAAUCCGGAUCCGAAGUCGACCGAUUUGAACCCAAGAGCAUCGCGACAGUGGUCUCGGAGGAGGAGUUGGAAGUCACAGUUGACACCCUUCGCACAUUGGCUGAGAACCCCGCCAUCAUCAAGUCCAAGGCGUGCAAGGAACUGCGCUCCGUCGUCUACGACUUCAGACAGGCCUGCACCACGGGCAUCAACUCCAGCUCCGACGCCAACCUUACCGCAAAGGUGUCCGGCUUCCUGGCCGACGGCAAGUUUGUCGAUGCCCUCGUUACAUUGGCCGAGAUGCGCAUCCGUGGCGACAUCCCCAGGCUAGGCGCCCUGUGCCGCUGGGUCAGAGAUCUCGACAUCACCAGCGGCCUUUCGCAAACCGAAACGACCAACAGGCAGAGUCGGCCCGAGCUGCUCAGGAUCAUGGACGCCAUUCUGAGAGCCACCGGACAGCCAAUUGAUGCUUCCGGGCUUGGGGACUCGUCUUCAACAGCAUGGACUGGUCCCAUUGCGCUUCAGAAGAUGUGGGAUAUCCGAGAGCCAUCAGCAACACCAUUCCCCAUGCGGCAAUCCGUUCUAGAUGGCACAUUGUUCUCAGUAUGCCCACCGAAUGUCAAGGACUUGUUCAAGGCCAUCGAAACUACUCCCGGACCUCAACGGAAACCACCCAACCUCCACCCAGCUGUCCUCCACCUCAGCGACGAAGGUGCCGUUCCUCUUUCACCUACCCCCCCGACCAUCACCAAGCACCAACACCCCAUUGUCCCCUCCCUUUCUAUCCUAAAGGAUGUCCUCUCGCCCGCCGAGUGCAAGUCCAUCAUCGCUGCCACCGAAUCUGUCGGCUACCUCCCCGACGCGCCCAUCAAGGAAGAUGGUUCCGAAUCCAGCAUUCUCGCCCACAACGUCUACUGGAUUGUUGACCAAACCUUCCACGAUGCUCUUUGGGAGCGUGUGCGGCCUUUCAUCCCUACCCACGAUGCUGGAAGAAAGGCGCGGGGCAUCAACCGUCGCUUCAGGGUUUAUCGUUACGUUCCCGGAGCCGAGUAUCGCUGCCACUUCGACGGCGCCUGGCCUCCCUCUGGCAUUCACCCUACAACGGGCAAGUACAUGUACGAUGCCUCGCCGGCGGACAAGAAGCAGUCGAGUUUGUUUACCUUCCUCAUGUACUUGAAUGAUGAGUUUGAGGGUGGCGAGACGACCUUCUUUACGCCGAGCGUACGUGACGGUGUCAUGAAUGCCCACCCGGUGAGGCCGGUUAUGGGCUCGGUGGCAGUGUUCCCUCAUGGCGAAAAUCAUGGUGCGCUAUUGCAUGAGGGAACUGGUGUGAGGAAGGGAGCCAAGUACAUUAUUAGGACGGAUGUCGAGUUUGAUGUCGACCCUGGACGGGUGGACUGAUGUGUUUGAUGUCAUCUUGGUUGACCUAUGUAUCUUGUCCGAGGAUUCAAUAUACAGUCUGUCAUUACCUUGCGGUAUCAACUUGAUAACGCUUGAAGCUCGUCGGACAACGCUAAACAACUCAAAGCCAAAAUGCUUCGCUAGACCAUAGCUUGGCCUAUACAUCAGGAGAAAUACAAGAAACCUGUAAUCAACGUUCCGCCUUCUCGCUUUUCCUCGACCUCGGGAAUCCUGCUACAUCGGACAACGGUUAGUCUGUAGAUGAGGGUCAAGCUUCAAGCCACGGAGAGCACCCAUGGCCUUAUUGGCGUCUUGGAUCCGGCAGUCAAUCUUCGAACAAGGUCCAAAUCCUGGAUGCCACUCAAGCUAUUGAGGCCACUCACGCUCUUGACGACAUUCGGUCUCUUCGGCGUCCGACUCUGUGGAAGGAGUCAACACCGCUUCAUCGUCACUAGAGGUAUCACCGUCAUCGUCAGCGUUAAUGCCAUCCUCCUGCGUCUCCUCUUCCAUACUACAAUAGCCACUGUCGUGGUCCUUGUCACUUCGUACCUCCAUUGCCAUCUCAUCCUGC